AUGGCUAUCAUCGCCGGUAUCCUCCUCCUCCUCCUCCUACUCCUCCUACUCCCUCCUCCUCUUCUUCUUCCUCCUCCUCCUCCUCCUCCUCCUCCUCCUCCUCCUCCUCUUCCUUCUCCUCCUCCUCCUCCUCCUCCUCCUCCUCCUCCUCCUCCUCCUCCUCCUCCUCCUCCUCCUCCUCCUCCUCCUCCCACUCGUCCUCCUCCUCCUCCUCCUCCUCCUCCUCCUCCUCCUCCUCCUCCUCCUCCUCCUCCUCCUCCUCCUCCUCCUCCUCCUCCUCCUCCUCCUCCUCCUCCUCCUCCUCCUCAUCAUCAGAAAUACCACUAUAGUAUUCAUGCAAGCCACCCACGAAGCAUGAUGCGGGUGUGGCUGGCAUGUCAACUUCACCUCCCUGAAGAUGUCAUGGCAAGGUAG